AUGUACUCGGUGCCGCUGCCGGUGUCAGCCUUACGGACACGGAUCCGGCAGGAGUUUGAGCGGCACCGGUUUGUCAACAAACUGCCGGUGGUGGAUGUGCUGCUGUUCCAGAACAACGCCGACUACCAGGAGACGAUGAACUUUUGGCGCCAGACGACCCAUAUCAUGUCGUAUUUCAAGGAGGAGUCGUUCAAGGAGGGCCCGAAGAUCCCGUCGAGCUUUAUGGAGGGCUUCUUGGAGGUAAGACAGACGAUGCCGAGAGAACAGCAAUUCGCUCAAAACGACAAAAUGAUGUGCCAGUGCUAA